AGCGUCAGUAUAAAAGUAACGCCGAAGCAGACAACGUGUUGAAUAGAAAAAUGCGCUGCUUUAUAUUGUUAACAUUGCUGCUUGUGGUGCUAAUGGCGCUAAGCGUAAAUGCUGGCAGUGUAACCAUAAAGGGUCAAUGCGUGGACUGCAAUAAGCCAGAGACGACGUCAACAACACGCAAGCCCAAGGGCGGACGCACUACAACUACAGUGAAGCCCAAGCACAGGUCGGCAGCAAAGUCAUCCGACGAAAGCGAUGAGGAUACGAGUCUGGGUGAUAUAAGCUUGGAUAUGGAUAGUCAUGGACAUCAGCAUAUUGGACAUAGGCACAAGCGUCAGUGGGGUCGUCAGAUUAUACGCACUGAUAACAAUUUUGGCAACAGCGGCUAUCCGGGCUAUGUAACAACAAUUGAUGGGCGUGGCCAGUAUGAGCCAGUGGUGCGCAAUAAUGAUUGCGUUGGCUGCAAUAUACGCGCCUAAGCCAGCAGCUGUUGUUUAAGCUAAUAAAUGCACUUGCGUCUAAA